GACAGAAUCUUGUUAAUAAAGGAGACUCAUAAACACCAAGGAUUGCGCGCCUCUCGUUAAAUUUCAGGGGUUCUCGCUUGCAACUGUACACCUGGCUAGCCUUGUUGCCAUCCAUCAAACAUCUUCCACCAACAGCACCACAGCCACGACCUCGAAGCAUCCCAGCCGACUCAUGUAUCCUCUUUCAUACUCACAGGAUUCCCUUGAACUGAAUCGCACCCUUUCCAAUGACGUCCACGCACCUGAUAAGAUAACCUGCCAACAGCCCACCCUCGCAAACCCAAACAAAACAUCGCUAAGUAAAUCGCGCCAAGACUUGAUUUUGUCUCAGCAAGCCAGCCCUUCCCUCCUCGGCACGUUUCAAGAAUGUAUCAGAGCACAGCCCACGCGACCUCCUCACGUCGGUCUGGAUUCGGGACUCAGAGAAAAAGAAAAUUGACAGUCAACGACUUUCAUCCCUUACUUCUACCCCGCGACCAUUUUACAGUUAUAAUAUUGAAUCUCGCAUCCGCCCUGGCGGCGCUGGUAUCUUCCCGCAGCUUUCAAAGCUUUGUUUAAACGAUGUGCUGGAUUUCGCGACUUUUAUUUUAUUUUUAACUUCUAAUACACAGAACUCAACGUUCGUUUGGAGACCGAUAAACGCAUCGCAUCGGAAGUCUAUUUUGCACUUGUAACGCUGUAUGCAGUUUUCUGCUAAAGUGUCGAUCUUGCGUGGUUUCCUUCCAAAAGAAAGUAAAAUUUGGACUUGAACCCUUUCGAGUGCAUCAUACUGCAUACAGUACAAUACCGCGAAAGGCUAGAGACUCACCAUGUCAACAUGGGGCUCUUACUUUUCUUCUUAUGUGAAGAAAAAGCCUGCUGGAGCAGGAGAAUCGGCAACAACUUCAGUAGCAGACACGACUGCCCCGAAAGUUGAUCCCAUCAUAGAGAAAUCACCAAUAACCAAAGUCGAUAUCUCGAUACUCAAUGCGCCAGCUCCAACCACGAUAACGUCAGCGACGUCAUCGAAACCUCCUCCAGUCAAGAAACAAACCAAUGGGUUCCAGCGCGUAAAUUCGGGUGCGAAGAAGUUAUACGAGAUUCCUAAAGAGCCAGUCAUGAAGGACGCCGCGUUGGCAGGGCAGAAAGCCCCAACAAAUGCAUCGAGGGUCGCGAGGAUGUUUGGGUACGCUGCGAACGCAUACAAACCUCCGGUCGAGGAAUCGAAACCAGCAUUGCCGGUCUCGCCUCUGAUUGCUAUGGUCGAAGCAACGCCUGCGAAACAAGAAAGCAAGAUUAAUCGGCCUGUUUCCCCAGUGCUGGCUAUGGUCGAAGCAGCUGCUCCAAGUAAACCAGAGCCGAAAGUUAUGCCGAUUGUGGACGCGGUGUUGAAGUACAAGAAGGAUGCCACAAGCGCGACGGCGAAACUGAAGUCGAAGAAGGACGAGGUGCAGGAUAUGUUAGAUUUCUUUGCGAGCCAGCUGGAUGCGCCGAGUGAUACUUUGGCUUUGCCAAGCGAUAAGGAAGUGGGUGCUGCUGGACCUAAGGUGGAAAAGGUCAAACCGAAAGCGAUGGAUAUGCUAGACUUCUUUUCCAGUCAACUGGAUGCUCCUAACGAUAUUGUUUCCCUACCUGGAGACAGAAAGGCCGAAGUUUCCACACCUGCUGUCGAGACCAAACCGAAGGCUGUGGAUGUGCUUGGCUCAAUCUCAAGCCAGUUGGACUCUGCAGAUGAUCUUUUCGCUCUUCCUGGUGGCAAGAAAGUAGAAGCUCCAAAGCCAGUGGUGAAAGAACAGCCACGAAUGGCACAGCGAGAUCCACCAAUCACACCCAUCACACGAAAGGAUUCUGGUUGGAGCAGUCAAGGCUCCAGCACGUCACAAGAACUCAAACAGAUAAUGGCCUCUCCAAAAAGUAAGAUUUGGAGUUGCCAGACCUCCCGAACCUCUUCAGAACUGAAUUCUGUGGUGGAAGGGAGGAAAGAUUCAGUUUGGAGCCAGCAAGGCUCACCAACCACUUCUGAGCGAGCACUGUCAAUCAAGAAGCGGACAUCGCUCAUCGAACAAGAUGUCAUGCAGAUUCGAGGCCGCAUCCUCUCAUAUGGAGAGGAGGAUGAACAGCUUAAACUCGAGCGGGAGCGCAGAGAUGCUGAACAUGAAAGGAUCGUGGAAUUACAAACUCAAGCGCAGAGAAUUAUAAUUGAAAGGGAACAGAUGGAGAUGGAGCGCGAACGGAUGCUUGAAGAACAAUUGCGGUUUGACAAAGAAGCUGAACGUAUUGCAGAAGAAGCGGAGUCGAUGAGGAAGUUUGUCGAGAAUGUGGAGAGGGAAAGGCAGCUGGAUCUUGAGAACCAGGAGAAGAAAAGGAAGAGGAAAGAGGCUGAAGAGCAGGCCAGACGAGAGGCGGAGGAGGCGGAACAGAAGAGGAUUGAAGCCGAGGAGGAAGCCGAAAGGAUUCGAGUUGAGAAGGAAGAGGAGGCCAGGAAGGAGGCUGAACUGGCUGCUGAGAUUGAAGCGGAGAGAGCAGCCAGAGAGAUAGAGAAAGAGCGCCAACGAGUUGCGGAGCUGGAGAAGAAAAAGGAAUACAAGGCCAAGGAAGAUCGGUUAGCGAAAGAGGAAGCUGAUCGCUUAACGGCCAAGAUGCUGAAAUACGAAGAAGAAAAGGAGGCGGAGCGGCGAUCUCGCGAGGAGGAGGAAGAAAUGAAACGAGAUGUCGCAAGGCAGAAGGAGCUGGAUCGACAGGAAUACGAAGAGGAACAAGAGAGGAAACGCGAGGUUGGACGACAGAGGAGACUUGCUGCGAAGGAGAGACAAGAACAAGCAGAGGCACGAGCGCUUGAAGAGGAUAGAUUGGAGAAGCAGCAGAGACGGGAGGCGGAAAAGCGAGCGGAUCAACUUUUCAAAGAAGAAGAGGAGCGUCGUGCCUUUGAGCAAGAACAAGAACGUCAACUCUAUGAACAAGAGCAAGCAGAACGACGAUUCGAGCAGGAGCAAGCUGAAAAAUCGCGAGCUGUGGGUGCAGACAAGCUCGCCGACGCAUAUAGAUUCGACCUCGAUGUUGCCAGCAAACCAAUGCUCAGUCCAUCCGUUUACGAAGAUGAGAUAUACGAAUCGGAAGAGGAAGUAGAGCGCGAGGAAACGAAGGAGGAGAAACUAGCCAAAGCAGAAGAGAAGAUCCGCAUGGCAUUCGCAGGUCUCGCGCAAGAGCGAGGCCAGCAAGCACCUCCUGCAUCAGCUUCUGUCGCUUCUCUUCCAAUAUCAAAUACCGUUCGUAAUGACCGUGGGCCGGGUGGAUAUGGUGGAUUUGGAGGUAGCGGACUUCAGCCUAGUCCGAGUAUGAGACAGGAGAGAGGUAUUUCGAGGUACAAUACUACGGGAGGAGCUACAAAGCUGCAGAAGCGAACGAUGCCGCCACAGGUUGGACUGGUGAAGGUUAAUACUGUUAGUGGACGUCCUGGAGGAUUACCUACUGGACCUAGAGCUGGUGGUUUACCUGGUGGACCCAGGCCGAUGAGACGAUGAGGACGAACUUCUUUUCUUGUUAUGAUACCCCUUUAG